AGGGGAGGCGGGGGGGAGGGGAGGCUGGGCUCCCGGAGAAGGAGACGACCGCUCGCACAAAAUCCGGCGGCUUCCAGGCAGCCCUGGCGGGCAGGGUUUUUCAAAGGCAAGUGCUGCAUAGGUAAGGAGAUGUCAUGGUCUUCUUCCAUCGAUGUAGGAAGAUAGCAGAUAUGAUUGCCUGAAAAAGCAGACCUACCCAGUGCAAGCAUGGCUUUCGCCCAGUCGCACAUUAUGGCAGCUAGAAGGCAUCAGCAUAGUAGACUCAUAAUUGAAGUGGAUGAGUACAGCUCCAACCCCACACAGGCUUUCACGUUCUACAACAUUAACCAGGGACGUUUCCAGCCCCCACAUGUGCAAAUGGUUGAUCCAGUGCCCCAUGAUGCUCCCAAACCUCCGGGAUAUACUCGAUUUGUCUGUAUUUCUGAUACUCACUCGAGAACUGAUCCCAUCCAAAUGCCAUAUGGAGAUGUGUUAAUACAUGCUGGUGAUUUUACUGAGCUGGGACUUCCUAGUGAAGUAAAAAAAUUCAACGAGUGGCUAGGUAGCCUGCCCUAUGAAUACAAGAUUGUGAUAGCAGGAAAUCAUGAAUUGACCUUUGACCAGGAAUUCAUGGCUGACUUAAUCAAGCAGGACUUUUACUAUUUCCCCUCUGUUUCUAAGCUGAAGCCAGAGAGCUAUGAAAAUGUACAGUCUCUUCUAACAAACUGCAUCUAUCUUCAAGACUCUGAAGUGACCGUGAGGGGAUUCAGAAUAUAUGGCUCCCCUUGGCAACCUUGGUUUUAUGGCUGGGGCUUUAAUCUUCCACGAGGCCAAGCACUAUUAGAGAAAUGGAACCUGAUUCCAGAUGGGAUAGAUAUUCUUAUAACACAUGGACCACCUCUCGGUUUUCUAGACUGGGUACCUAAGAAAAUGCAACGGGUAGGAUGUGUUGAGCUGCUGAACACAGUCCAGAGACGAGUACAGCCAAGGCUUCAUAUUUUUGGACACAUCCAUGAAGGUUAUGGUGUCAUGGCUGAUGGAACUACUACCUAUGUGAAUGCAUCUGUGUGCACUGUGAAUUACCAGCCACUAAAUCCACCUAUAGUUAUUGACUUACCUACUCCAAGGAACACAUGAUUAUAAUAAAGGAUUUAAUAUUGUGCCCAACACAUUAGCAACUUUAUAUUGCUGGCUGAGAAUCCCAAUAAGGAACUAUUCAACAAAGCAAAAACCUUCUUCUUUUUUUCCUGCUAUCUCUUCACAGAUAAAUUCAAGUGACAGAAACGGAAGACAAACACAGGCAUUUUGGUGCCAGAAACAGAUUAAAGACAUAUCGUCAUUAAAAUAUUUGUGAACACAGCACAGUGAAUGCAUUCCACAUAUAUAUACAUACGCAUAUAUAUAUAUCUCAAGUAGGGACUUAUGUAUAUACCGUACAUUAUAUUGGACUUACUAAAAGAACAAUGUCUUUCAAGGGAGUGUUUCCUCAAGAAAGUUUGAAGUUUAAACAUAAGUGUUUAGACUAGGAUUUCCUCAUUUCAGAUGUUUCCCAGUGAGCUCUUGAUAGCUGGAAUGUGAUGGUAAAGAUGUUUUCCCUUAGUUAACAUGGCAAGUACAAAAGAUAGUACAUGGAUGACCAGUCACAGGAGGAAAGCUAUUAUUUUAGGUCCUCCAGGUCUUGAUUCUUUGCAUCUAUUCAAAACCAGUGCAGCAGAGGCCCCAAUUCACUUUACUGAAAUGAAGUUUUACUACAUCUGGCAUUACAGAUGGUAAGGGAAAUGGUGCAUAUUGCCGGCAUGCUGUAAACAGCUCAAAAUUCAAGACGGGAGACUGUGUUAAGUGCAGUAUAAACUCAGGAAUUUGUAACCUGGCCUCGCCUGUGGAAAAAAAAAUAUAUAAGUGUUUUUUCAUAUGCUAAGGCGAUAUGUGAUUGUAUGUAAAAAGCAAAAGCAAAAAAAAAAAACAAUAACCUGAUGUUCAGUAGUGAUAUUCUAAAUAAAACCCACUGGGACUGUUUAAAAUUGUUACUGGGACAUGCAGCCAAUGAUGAGAUUGCUGGUUUGAAUUUGGCCCAUGUCAGCUGUGAUUAAAUGUCAUUGUGAUCGGUUUGUCCUUUGGGAAACUGUACGGACUUAGAGGGGGGUGUCAUCCCAAAGUGGAGUUUGGGCAUUCAUUUUCAGACAUCUAUGUAGUAGCAUAAGUGCAAUGAGUGACGAGUACUUGCCAAUGGGUACAGAGCGAGUCCCCUCACAAAACCUAUCAUUCCCAUGUGCCCGCUCAGAGACGCUGCUGAGAGAGGCCUGAGACAAAACCAUUAACCCAGUUGAAAUCCAUCUAUUGUGUUGGCAUACCGAGGCAAAGCAGGAGAUGUGGGAGCUGCUGGGGAUGGCUGACACUAGUCGUUCCCCUGCAGCUUUCCUGCAGGUUAACAGAGGUGCUGAAUCUGCUGGGAUUUCAGUCCAGUCCGAGGCAGAAGCGCAAGAAUUGACUAAAACCCACAAAAAUACGUGCUUCAAAUGUGUGCCACAACACAUUUCUGCCUUGAACUAACAAACAUCUCCAUGCUCAAAGAGGAACCUUUUUGCCUUGAUGGAGAUAAUGUAACUGGUGUAACCUGAACGUGGACAUUCUGAAUUUGGAGCUGACUGCAUCUAUAUAUUAAUUUUGUUUCCACACAUGAGGCAAAUCAUUGCACCAUCAAUACAGGGUUGUUCGCAGGUCUGUGGGUAGCCCAUACCUGCACACACACUGGUUAGAUGUGUGGGUUACUUUUUGCCUGAUGUAUGGUUUUAAAUGUGACCUUUGUGUAGCAGCUGCAUGUACAUUAUAUACAUACACAGUCUUAAAUAUCUGUUCUGCAACCCCAGGCUUGCAGCCUCAACUCUAAGCAAAGUAGGCAGAAACACCACAUUUUGCUGGCUUACCACGUGCAGCUGCGCUUCUGACUGAUGCUGGAAGCUGUGAAAUUUGAACCCAGGUACUGACCCACUGACACCAGUAAACAUGGCAAGCCACAGAUCUGUCAUUUCUUGGAGCUGUUGAGUGACUUGGAUUUUCUUUUUGACUAAUUUGCUGUUUUAUUCCUGAAACAAAAGCAAACAGAAAAACAACCAGCGGUGUCCUGCAACUGUUUUGGGUGUGCACAGUUUGCAGCACAAGAACAGUCUACCAUGAAUUCAGCUGGGUCUACUUUUUGUAUAAUCCAUUGGUGUAGAAAUUGCAAGAUCAGCUCCUAAAUCAGCAAGGACUGAAAUUUUUAGUUUAAUGUGAACUCCCAGCAUCAUUGGGAAGAUGAAGAAUAGCAUGCAGUUAGAAUAAAAGUGUCUUAGCUAGUCACAACUCAAGCGUUUUGAAACAUAUGUGGCAGGAAAUUGGCUGUAUGUUAAAGUCUGAAAUGUUUACAUUCACUCAUGGCACUUACACUAAAAUGUUAAAAGUGGGGAAAAGAGGUCCUUUUAUUAGCCUCGACAAAAUUUCUAUGUUGACCAUAAACUAUUCUCUUAAAAAUAAUUUUGCCUAAGGUAUCUUCAAAAUACUGUGUAUUUUUAUGUGAAAAGGAUAUGAAAGCAGCUGUUACUUCAAAAUAUCAUUUAAAGUACUCGAGGUAUGAAAGAUUAAAGGUUAUUUAAUCAUUUUGGCAUAACUUGAUUGUUGUUGUAAUUUUUGGUCAAGCAUGUUAGACAAAUAAAGUCUU